GUAAAUACAAAUUAUUUAUGGCCUGAGGCAUGCCAAAAUGUUGGCUUGGCAUGCCCGCAAACGGGCAUGCAUGCCUGAUUGCAUCAAUUUCAAGCCAAACCUGUCAAAUGCCCAUCAAAUGCCCGUUUGCGCGGGGGAAUGCCCGUUUGGCAUGCCCAAAACGUCGGUCUCUGUCCAACCCGCUGAUCCUCUCCCUACUAGCGAUCUUGACUAACAUUCUCAACAAGGAGGAGUCGGUCGAGGCUAUGAAGAGCCAAGGGAUCCUCGGGCCGGACGGCCAACCGAAUACGCAGGAUAUGCAGUGGAAGACGAUCCCCGAGGGCGCGGCUACGACCGUGGCUGCUGCGUUGGACCCUCUUCUCGACGCAAGCCCUGGCGCAUACUUGGACGACUCAGUGGUCGCAAACGACAAAAUCGAAGAACACUCUGCGGAUCCGGCUAAUGCUGCCAAGUUGUGGGAUGUGUCAGAGGAGAUUGUAAGAGUCAAGUUCACCUUCGAAUAGAUAGAAUAGAGCUACGGGAUGGUCCUCUCGCACAAUCAGGCUGUUCGAAGAAAAUAAACAAGCUUAGA